AUAUUAUAUUUUAUAACAAUUUUUAGUUUAUCCUAAAAAUCAAAAUCAUCGAGUGCAUUUGAAGAGAGGGAGAUUCCAAGAAUAAUUAUAAGGUCCGCAAUAUAUCUUGGGGCCGGGGACCGGCGUUACCACAAAAUAAACUCCGGCGACAUCCCGGUGGCGAUUCAAUGGCGAAUCACGCAGCUGAGGAAAAGCCCCUUAGGAAAAUGGCGGAAGCCUUUAAAGACCUAGCCAACACUUUAAAUUCUCAAACCCUAGAUGAAGCUGCUCAGAUGGAAGUAGCCCCUUUCUCUCACGCUUGCACUUUGGUCUCUCCUCUAUUCCGUUGCCUCGGUAUCGCCUUCAAGUUUGCCGAGCUCGAUUACGUUGCUAAGGUGGAUGAUCUAGCAAAGGCAUCAAAGUCUAUUUCAACAUUGCACAGAAUGAUGGAUCAAGAUAUUCAAGCAAACUGCGUGAGAAAGGCAGGUAGUCAUACAAGGAACUUGUUAAGAGUUAAGCGUGGGCUGGAUAUGAUUAAGGUUUUGUUCGAGCAGAUUAUAGCCGCAGAGGGGGAUUCCUUGAAGGAUCCAGCAUCAAAAGCAUAUACACUAGUUUUUGCUCCAUACCAUGGAUGGGUCAUCAGGAAAGCUGUGUCUGCAGGAAUGUAUGCCCUUCCCACCCGUCAACAGCUGAUGAUCAAGCUUAAUGAAGAUGACUCCGCAAGAACGCAGAUGCAAAAUUAUGUCGCCUCGUGUGAUACUGUCCUUAAGUACAUUGACAAACUCUUCAUCUCAAGAGAUCUGGGGAUCGACUGGUGACCACUAACUGGAUGACAGAACACCCAUUUGUUUAUGUGAUUCGCCCCAAAUCACUAUUUAUUACUUAUAUGUAUAAUCAUUUGAAGCAGUAGUCCGAAUAUUUGAUUGUAACUAACUUAUCUUUAAUAGCAGGGAAAUGAAAAAAUCCCAUAGGACAGAAAAUUAUCUACCUGCACUUGGGAAGAGAUUGAGCUCAUCAUUUAUGAAACUUGUAGAGUAUGAUCCACAUAACGAAAAUAAGUGAAUGCAUUUACAUUUGGGCUAACAAAUGAGAUCUUGGGUCGUUUGGUAGAGUUUAUUAGAAGAAAUAAUGCAUGUAUAGGAUUUUGUAUCAUUGGUACAUUUUUUCAACAUAUAUUGUGUAUUGAGGAGUGUAUUAUUAUUAAUACAUUGGAAUCCAUGAUA